CUCCUCCUCCGUUGCCGAAGCGUCACGGAAGUUCCUUUUUUUGACAUGAAGACAUAAAUAAAAUCAGUUUUAUCCGCCGUCUUCUUCCUCCAGUUGAAGCUCUCUGCAACUGAAUAAUAGGUAACACCAAUGUCAUCUUCUUCUUCAACUCAUUUCUAGGGUUUAUCCCAAUUUCUUCUGUGAAUCCUUUUAAUUGAAAUCCAAAAACCGAAUGAGGUGAUGUUGUCAAAAUGGGGAAAAGCUAGGGCAUGUUUAUCCCCAAUCUUAACCAUUAAAUUCAUCAUUUCUUCUUCUUCUUCAUCAUCUUGUUAUUCUCAUUCUUUUUCUUCUCUAGCUUAUCAUCCAUUACCUUCGUUAAAACCAUUACCACAUGAAUCUCUGAACGAUAUCACAUCAAAAGAACUAGUUCUAUCAAUCAAAGAUUGGUUCAAUUCGAGAAACGACGGGCAGAUUGAUCGGAUUUACGAGAUCUUAAUUGCGAAAGAUGGGAGAAGAGACAUCGAAUUGAGUCGAUUGGGGCUGAAACUUAAUGAGGAGCUUGUGUUGAAGGUGUUUAAACACUGUUUAGACAAGAAGAAAGGUAAGAUUGUUAUUAAAAAAAACUCUGAAGGAAAUAAAACUGAAGAGGUUUUUGCUUGUUUGAAGUUUUUUGAUUGGGCUGGUAGGCAACAUGGGUUUACUCAUACGCGUACUACUUUUAAUGCGAUUUUUAAGAUUUUAACUAAAGAGAAAUUGAUGAAUGUGAUGUUGAGUUUCUUAGAUAAGUUUAAGAGUAGAAGGUCUGGGCAUAAUGUGCGGUUUUACGAUACGCUUGUCAUGGGUUAUGCGGUUGCUGGUAAACCUGAGAUUGCACUUCGGUUGUUUGGUAAAAUGAGGUUUCAAGGGCUUGAUUUGGAUUCGUUUGCGUACCAUGUUUUUUUGAAUGCGUUGGUGGAACAAGGUAUUUUUGAUGUGUUUGAUGUUAUAUCGGAGCAGAUUACGAUGAGGGGUUUCGGUAAUGAGGUUACUUCGUGUUUGAGAGUGAAGAAUUUCGUGAAGCAGAAUAAGUUGAAGGAAGCGGAAGAGUUUUUACGUGGGUUGGAGAGUAAUGGGGGUGCUGUUAAUGAUCAUAUGUUGGGUGUUCUUGUUGAUGCGUUGUGUAAGAGGGACAUGUUCGAUCAUGCAGGUAACUUGUUGAAGGACUUUUGGGAGUUGAAAAAUGUACCCAUGCCGGUUGCUUAUGAUAUUUGGAUUAAGAAUCUUGUGAGAGCUGGGAAUAUUAAUGAGGCUAUCAAUUUUGUGCGAGACAAGCAGUUCUUAGAAGGGUAUCUGCCUGCUGCUUUCAGAUAUAAUCUGCUGAUUAGUAGGCUUUUGAGAGAAAAUCGGCUGAUGGACGUUUAUGACCUUAUGUUGGAUAUGAGAGAAGGAAAAGUGACACCUGAUAAAGCGACUAUGAAUGCGGUUUUAUGCUUCUUUUGCAAGGCUGGAAUGGUUGAUGUUGCGUUUGAGUUGUAUAAUUCGAGAUUGGAUUAUGGGUUAUCACUAAAUAGCAUGGCUUACAAUUAUCUCAUUAAUACGCUCUGCGGGGACGGGAGUGUUGAUGAUGCAUGUAAGGUUUUACAGGAUUCCAUCGAGCAAGGUUACUUUCCUGGUAAGAAGACCUUUUCUAUUCUUGCGGAUGCUUUGUGGAGUGUAAAUAAGCUGGGUAAGAUGGCAACCGUGCUUAAUAUUGCCAUCCGGAAUGGUGUGCCAUGUGAUGAUAAAUUUUAUGAAUGUAUCAAUGCUUUGGCCAAUGCCAGACGGCCGUCCGAGGCUUAUAAUAUGCAUCGCGAACUAAGUAAAACCGGUAAAGUUACAAAUUAUAAGACUUUCAAGCAAAUGAUAAAUGCGUUUAUCGGUUCCAAUCAGGGGAAUAUGGCCUUUAAACUGCUGAUGGAAAUGCAAGAUAACGGUUACAAACCUACCAGGUAUUUGUACAGAGCUGUUAUUGGCUCCGUAUGCAUGGGGCGAAAUCCAGAAGACAAUUUUCUUAUGCUGCUAGAUAUGCAGUUGUCCCUGGAGCAACCUAACCCUGACAUUUACAACUUCUUCAUCGAUGGAGCUGGGCAUGCAAAAAGACCUGACCUUGCAAGAAAAGUAUUUAACAGGAUGCUGGUUGAUGGGGUUGCGCCAUUUUUGAGUACCAAGAUUCUUAUGCUGCAUAGCUCUCUAAAGAGUGGACGUAUUGAUGAGGCUGAGAGUCUUUUUGAACAUCUGUGCAACACUGGAAAGCCUGGAACAAGAGUGUACAACACUUUUCUGGUUGGUUUGUGUCAAGCCGGGAGGCCAGAUAAAGCACAUAAUUAUUCAUGCAGGAUGAGGAGCAAAGGAUUGAUCCCCACUCUCCAUUACUACGAGGAGCUUAUAAAUUCAUAUUGUACACUUACAGAUUACAACAGGGUAGUGAAGGUUAUUCAAGAGAUGGAGCAUUAUGGCCGCCAAGCCUCUUCCUUCAUCGGAAAUGUACUUCUCUAUCAUUCUUUCAGGAAAGAGGGCCGGACUCUUUAUCAAGCUUUUGUUAAUUUUGAAGCUACACCCAAAGAAGCAUCCCUAUCUUCCAAACUGACGCUUGGGCAGCUGGUUGGUUUGUUUUCUGGCGGGAUCAAGGUGGGUUCUGGAGACGAAUUUCUUGAGAAUAUGGACGAAGUGGUUGAGCAAUGCUUUCCGCCCGACAUUUUUACAUACAAUCUGCUGUUAAGAAGACUAGCCAUGCGCAACAGAAUGGACGACGCUAGCCAGUUAUUUCAUAAGAUGUGUAUGAAAGGCUAUGAACCGAACGGGUGGACUUAUGGCAUUAUCGCACAAGGUUUACGGAGGUAUGGCAGGCCAGAGGAUGCUAAGGCAUGGAUUGAUAAAAUGGGUAGAACAUGAUAUGCUGUUACUGGCCAAACCGGAUAUUCUAUUCAGAAGAACAUGUGAAAUGAAAUGUGAUUUGGAUAAGAUUUGGCUCAUUAUGGUUCCCUCUCUGUUGCCAAUCCUGCUCAUUCUUUUGAAGCCGCAGGUGGAGCGGAGGUGUGUUAUUAAUCUAUCCCAUUUAUUUUUUGUGGUGGUUGCGGGUUAUGUUACACUUGUUUUCUCGCAUAUCUUAAUGUAUUACUGAGUUAAGGCGUGGAUUGUGCAAGCAAUGCUCUAUACACCUGGAAAAAAUAAACUAGCUUCUUCCUUCAGUGACUAGGUAAGCAAGGAAUCUUGGUCUUCUAGUCCACCCUCUGAUGAGUGGUCAGCUAACUCGUGUAUAGCUUUUUGUUGUGCUAUUUAAAAAUUUAGGUUUAAUUUAUAUAUAUAUAUAUUUUUGGUGAUUGAGAUAUAGCAUAUAGGAGAGGUAGUUCACUUGCAAAAGGUGCUAGAGAACUGAAUUUAGAACUUCAAUAAUUACAGCUUUCAGUUUCUUUAACUAUGGUAAAAGAAAAGACUUCCUGACCAGGGGUUUCAGGCUAGCUCCUUCAUACACUUUUAGCAGAACAUACUCGUAACUGGAGCCCUUUUGGCACCUGGUAUGUGUACCCUUUCGAACCUUAGUACUUCAUUGCUUUGUGAUAGCCUUUUUGAGCCUCGCGAUUAUUUUGACAUUCUACUGCUGCUGUGCCCAUCACCCAUGAGAUCUCCAAGUGAAGCUUGAACUGGCAGCAUCAGCUUUAGUUGCUCCAGUAACUGAUUUAUAGGAAGUAUUGGUGUUAGUGAUUUAUGUUUCCAAAAUCUCGAAUGUUUUCCAUGUCUUGUGUCAUGUCCUGAACUUUGCCUAUUCUUGUUGUUGAUGUUAGAUCCUGCAAAAAUUAAUCAAGGAAUAAUUUUCAUGUAAAUCUUGUAUCCAUAAUAUUUGCACGUGAUGUAGUCUAAUAAGUAAUAACAAAGAUAGUUCUCAUUUACCAAAUCAAGAUUUCCUCAAUUUUUUUUAUCUUUUAAAUGUUAUACAAAUAGAGAAUUAUGUUUUUUUUUGCAAGUGAACGCAUUAUGAAUAGAAGAAAACACGAGAAAGUCCUGCAUAUAUGAUCACAUGGCUGAGAUUUUAAAAACAUAUAUAAGAUUAUAAUCAGCAGACAUAAAGGGAUAUAAGAUUCGGCUAAAUUAUAUUAAAUGGUGCAAGAUUGUAUGUCUUUAGUCAGCUAUUGCAUCUUCUAUCUGCAAUAGCUUAUAAUCGUAUGUAGUCUGCGAAAAACAAUAUCUGCAGCUUUUUCGUAUCUUAUACAAAAUGUAUUCUGUUCUGCUGGAACAUUGUAUACAGCAUUUCUAUCUGUUCUUUCCAGUGUGUCUAUAUGUGUGGUUCCUUACACGAUUUCCAGCUGGUGUCUGCAGUGGAUUGGUAAAUCACAAGUUAAGGCUAAAGGUCAAAUCAAGGUUCGUGGGGUUGGGAUCACACAAUUUGUCCAAGGAGUAAGAUGAAGUUAUAAAUCCUGACAUGUUGUGGAAGUCCUAAACUUCCUAUGUUGUUGCACAGAAAUGUGUAAGGGCAAUUGUAUGAACUGAUCCGGAUCACAGUUUCCUCCAAAGCACUUUAGAAUGGGGUAUAAUUGAAAUCGGUUUACACCAUACAAUUGAUUUGUGAUACUUUUAUGGUUAUUCACUUUAGUGCUGGAGCAUGCUCAUGUUAAUUCUAUCGACAUUAUACAAACUGACUAUUUUGCGUCAGAUACAGUCGGUCUUGUAGUCCUUUGUUUCUUUUUCUACAAAUGAUUUUCCACUCUUUCAAUGACUGUUCUUACAAAAUUCUUAGGAAGUUUGGCAUGUUUUAGUUAACUUCAAAUGGUUGCAUUUGUUGAUUGUAUAUGUUGGUUUCAUUUGCUGCUGAUUAAGGAAGUUUUACCAGGUAUAGGGAAGCAUUGGCAUAAGAGCUUUUGAUGCUUCAGAACGAUUGAACCAUUAGAACAACCACGGUGACUACCUUGUAAGAUUGAUUUGGUUUGCAGAAUCAGUACUUUAUUCUGAUUGAGUCAGUUUGUUGCUUGCAUAGUUCCAUGGCCUCAUGUCUCAACUGCAUCUGCUCUUCUUAGUUCUGCAUAUCUGAUUGUCCCAUUUUACUGCAGGUACAAAGAAAAUCUUCUCAUAAGAAUGUGGUGAUUGAAUCAAUUAUGAACCUUAGGUUCGCUAUUAAUUCUAGAGUAACGAAUGUGGGCAGCUCCAUAUAUAGAUAAUUUUUGUUUUAUUUUCCUUGGCUGAAUUUUGGUGUAAUCCCAGUGUUCAACAUAUACGAGCUUCAUGGAACUACCUAUAUAAAUGGUAUCACGUGGUACCGUGGAUAAAGAUCAUUGAGCUCUGUUUAGACUUUGGCUUGGUUGCUGGGAAUUUUAUUAAAAUGCAUUUACCGGUUUAUUUCUCUUGCUAUAUUCAUUGGUGGGUUUUGCUUCCGUUGUGCAUUACUCAAUCUUACUAAAUUAUAUACAGAAGUAUUUUGUGGGGAGAGUCAAGGGUGAAUGUGUUCUUCAUUUUGGAACGUGCUCAGCUACCACUUCCUGCUAGUGGCAGAAGGAAGAGUUGCAAGCUUGAUGAUUAGGCGCUGGCCGCUGGGCAACAGAAAAGGCAGCUGGAUCAUCAAAAAAAAUGGCCGUGACUCUAAUUCCAAGAAUUUGGGGUCGAAGAAAUUUGUCUGGGAGGUAAGAACUAUUAGUCAUCAUCAUGUUCAUUCAAUUCAUUUAUGCGUCCAAUUUGAUGAUGCUGGUCCCCCUCUCUGUUGCGUGAUAAUAAAGAAUCGUCAUGUGGUAAGUAAUCCUUUUGUUUGUUACUGAAGCUUUAUUUUAUUUUUUUGGAGUUUUCAAGGUGGCAAAUUUCAGUUGUAGGAGCGUUUUUUUUUAACUGAAUCAGUAUCUUCCUAGAUUUUAUGAGAUAUCCGAUAUUAUGAUUUUGACAUCUUUUCCCGUUCUGUUUUUACUUAAGUUUAUGGAGUUGCUUCUAGCCACAGGUGUUUUGCUUACCAAUUGACUUUCUUAAUUUCUGUGUAUCUAUAUUUAUGAGAGGAUGCUAUUUCAGAGAGCACAGAGUAUAAUCAACAUUUUCCCUAGGACAUGUUUUGAGAUGACUCUAUUCCAUAUAUCCCUUAUAGUACUUGGGAAAAUAGAUUAUGUGGCAUUAAGACAAUUAAGCUUCCUGCUAGCAACUUAUUGCAUGCUAUGGUUGUCUCUGCAAAUAAUAGCUCAUCUCACAUAUUUGGCACCAAGCCCAUCUUUUUAUGUGUUCCUUCACCAUCCCUAAUUUCUUUUGUUGAUAAAUUGUAACACCUGAACUGGUUUCCCGGCUCUGCGGACCGGACUGUAAACUUCUGGGAUCUAGAAGAUAGGCAGGACCAGAGGUAUGUACUUUUCUAUUCCCUUUCUAAAAGAUAUCCUUCAGUCAUUUUCGCUCCCAUAAUUGGUUGCGGUUUGACUUAACUUCUCUGUCCAAGUCGGACUGUCUUUGUGGACACAAACAUUGACCAGACGUAGACUAAAUCUUCUCUAACUCGGCAGAAAGGGUCAAACAAGUGGAGCAUGAUAAUGAGCACCAGGUUUCUCAUGGUCCCUUGGUGUCUGAAUUUCUGGGAAAAAAAUUAGAUAUGAAAUAUUUAGUUAUAAUUUGUUUUAGACAUGUUGGAUAAGACAAGGCUGUAGAGCAAUACACUUCCAAAUCAACACCUUAGGAGUAUAUUUCCACCUGCUUAAAGACCUUGCAUGUGAUUGCUUGUUUAAAAUUUAAUAGCUUCCAGCUUACACGGACAUGGUCAAAGUCACAAUGUAUUUGUAAAUGUGGCACACCUUUAUGGUUCACUCACGAUUUUGAAUAUUCUACAUGCACUUCACUUGCUUCAGGAAGGGUGAAAAGCACCAUAUAGGGAACUACUAUGUAUGUUACUAUGUUACAUACAUAAAAUGCUCAGCCAACAGCUAAGGAUCAUCUUCAAGCUAGACUUGGAACUUGGGCGAGGAACUCAUUAGAUGGCUAGAUCCUAGAAGUGUACAUGCGUUUCUGACAAGCACCACCGUAUAGACACCAUAUACGUCGAACUCCUCGACUUACGUAACUGAUUUUGACUUGGUAUCAACUUGCUGCAUAGCAACCCAGUGUUCUAGAAAUCUAUAUCUACAUGCCUGCUUCAGGCAUAAGGGCUUCUGAGUCCGCAAUUCUGCGUGCUUAGUGUACAAAAUGUAUUAGUUACUUUGCUUUCUGUCCAGAAACCGAUUCCUUUUCUCCUUUCCAGGCUUACGGGGUUACAGUCUAUGUAUUAGUUAUUGACAGACUUAUUCAUACACUUGGAAAGGUUUCAUUUUUGUUUUUCACCCCUGCAUUCCUUUUAUUUUCUUCUGUUUCAUUUAAAUCCAUAAAUGUUACCCAUUUUAGCUUAAUUUUGUAAAUUAAUCAAGACCCAUUUUAGUAUGUAGAUGACUAAUCAUGGGUUGUUUGUAUUUGUUUUUGUUUUUUUUUGAUGAAUUACAGUAUUCGAAGAGGAAUGAUCAACAGCCUCUUUUUGAAGCUUUACUGAAAAUCAAAAAGGAAUUGGGGUUCAUUUUACUUCAACUGGCUGUGUUUCAAAACACAAUCUCUAAAAUCUGUGUGCGUGAGUUGGACUAAUGAAUACUGAACAAAAGGUAUAUUACGCUUCUUAUGAAUAAAUCCCCUGCACAAAAGGGUCCUCCGCUUCGGCUAGUGAAAUUGGUGAAGAUUUGCAGAGUAAGUCUCAUGGUUGUCUAAUCCUAAAAUCAAGGUGGUUGCCAAUGUCGUUACAGGUUGUUUCGAAGUUUUUUCUUCUAGCAGUUGGUGUUUUUCUCCUCAACUGUGUAAUCCAUAUUAACAUUAUCAGCGUUGAUUGAAUUUUCUUUUUUUGGUUAGCUCUUAUUUAAGGACAUUUUUUUACUUUUCCAAGAGAUUGGUGAUCAAUUACGCGAGUUUUUUGUUAUUCCACUUGUAGUGCUUGCUAAUCAUUAUCUUUUAUGUUUGGUACUUACAGUUUUUGCAGUACCUAGACAUGAGAGGAAUAAAGAUAUGUGAAUACGUGAUCAGGGCAUUGAGUUCUUUCUAAGGAGGGAACCAUGAAUCUACCUAGAGGUGUUCCCAGAAAUCAGGUGACAUAACAUAUUAUGUUUUCUAGUUAAGUAAAUUUUACAGAUAACAAAUCUUUAGUUGUUUGAUUAAUUAACUACUAGGAAAUCACUGCAACUUUAUACGGAUGGGGUUUGAACUGAUAUGUCAAGUUUUUGGACAAAUAUUACAAAACAUGGUCCAAAAGAGGCUAUUGCCAAACCCCCUAACAAACUUGUGCUUUUGGAGCAUUAUUCUUUUGCUGUACAUGUACUCUACUAAUACUAGCAUGCAUCUGGUGUUGUUGUGCUUUUAAGUUCC